AUGAACCUCAACUCCCUUACAGAGAAAUCGUUACUAUUUGGUGAUUAUAACGGGCGGCCACUUCUCUUCUUUAUUCCAUACAACGAUGCCCAAAGAACAUAUUAUAGAGAUAAAUUAUAUGAACAUGGAGGAAUUAUUACCGAAACGAGACCUUCAGUCACAAAUAGCAUUAUUUUGGCUAGCUCAAACCCAGUUCUAGAUGAAGAAGUACCAAGUUAUCGAUUGCAAUUUAUAGAUGAUUGCAUAGCUGCUGGUAUGAUUCUCAAUAUUUCAAACUACCAGCACUAUGCUGCUCCUCCUGCAACAUCAGCAUCAAGUAUAACACAUCAAUUGAAUACUCCCAAAACUCCCGCAACUCCAUCAUUAGGACUUUCUGGUACUAACAAUACAUUUGCUCUUCUGCCCAACCAGUACAUUGUAUCACAGUACUCACAGUUGCAGGCGCAACAACGGAGGCCGUCACAGGAAAGACCAUCCAGCUUACCCCAAGCAAUGGCAACCCAGCAUCCAACUACAUAUGUUGAUUCUACUCCAAAGUCAGGUACAUUGCCACAAAUGAACCAAACAGCAUUCCAACCCCAACCCCCUGCUCCUCAAUUUCUACAAUCAAAUACUAUACAUGGAAGACAGCAGAAUGACUAUUGUAGCUACGGUCUGCAACCUGGUCAAUUUAAUGCUUCAUCUUCAUCAUCUUCAAGGCAACUGCUGGGUCUGCAAGCCAACGAAUUAUCUCCAAGUUCUACUACACCAAUUUUAACUGGUCCAACUUCUUUGACUAAGUUCACUCCUGAGAAAGAUGAAUUCAUUCUUGAGAGGGUACGAGAAAAGCCCCGUGAAAGAAAUAGUCACAAAUUCUUCCGACUGUUGGCAGAAUAUCCUAUACUUAAAGAACACACUGCUAAUUCUUUAAGAAAUAGAUUUCGUCAUCAACUUUUUGCUAGGUUGAAAUAUAUUUACAAAUCGGACGAAAGAGGUGAACUCAUAAGAGAUCCUCAGACCAAUGAGCCUGUUAGAGUUGGGUUGGAUCAGUUACCUUUAGCUUUGAAGAACAAGUAUACGGCGGAAGAUGAUAUGAUUUUAUGUCAAGAAAUUCUUGAUUAUAAUAAGCAGAAGAACAUUGAGAUUAGCAAUGAUAUUACUGUCCCCGUAUCCUACUUCAAGAAGCUUCAUAGCAAGUAUCCCCAUCAUCCAACAUCUUCUUGGAGGGAUCGAUACAGAAAGUUUGUACAAGUUGUCGGAUGUGUUAGCUACAUGGAGUACUACAGCAGAUGUUUAGCUCUUGGUCAAGUACCGAAGCCGAUUGAUAAACAGAUGAUGAAAGAUUUCAAUGGUUACAAUUAUAAAACAAAGCAUAGCUUAAACGACGCAAUGAAGAAAAAGCCCAACCUGGGGACAAUUGUUUCUGUGGGCAACGAGGAUGUCAAUGGAAUGCCAAUAUUCAGUCUGCAUUCUUCAGAGAGCGGAGAGGGUGACACUAAUUAUCAGCAUAACCGUGGAAAUAAUCAUUUUGAAAACAUGGGACAGCCUUCAAUUGAUAAUUGUGGCAAUCUAAGCGCAGUUGAAGAACUUGAUUCAAGACAAUCUAAUUCCCAGUCAAAUAAUAAGUAUGGAUUCGAAGAAAUUCUGGAUUUGAGACAAAAUGGGAAUUUGGAAGAUCUCUUUUAA